AUUUGUUGACGGACAGUGACAAGGUGAAGUGAAAUUUGACAAUUUUAUUUUGAUUUCGAUGCACGUGUUACUAUUCUAUUUUGAUUUUUAAUUUAAUAUUCACAACUUUAAAAUAAGAAUAAGUUCGAUAAAUGUAAUAAUAUAGCAGCAAUACUGUUUCAUGAUCAACAAAAUGUCGAAGAAAAUAAAACAUUUAGUCGUGGAUACAACUGCAUUCAUCAGAGCAGCCAAUUUGCAAGACAUCGCAGAAUCUGCAUACACAGUACAAGAGGUGGUAGACGAGAUAACCAACGACAGACAACGCAGGAAACUCGUCGUGCUGCCCUACGACUUGAAAAUCAAAGAUGUAUUCACUGAAAACAUCAAAUUUGUCUCAGAAUUUGCGAAGAAAACCGGCGAUUACACGAGUCUUUCAGCCACAGAUAUUAAGGUGAUGGCUCUGACAUAUCAGCUGGAAAAGGAGGUUAUUGGUGCAGACCACCUAAAAACCGAACCAACCAUUCAGAAAACCAUUAAAGUAACUGGUCUGCCUGGUUAUAAUUCCAAUGUGGAUGAAAAUACUAUCACUCAAUCUCAAAGUAGUCCACAAGUUUCAAAUUUAGAACUUCACAGUAGUGAUAAUGCUGCAGUAGACAAAGGUCAAGAAAAACUUCCAAACCCUCAAGAAAAUGAGGUUGAUGUCACAGAAAGCAACCAAGUUAAUAAUGAUUUAAGAAAUGUUGAGAUUACAGUAAAAGAUGGUGAACAAAGUGAUGAUGAUGAUAAUAAAAUGGCUGAAGAGAUUGCAAAACAAAUUAAAAACAUGGAUUUGCGAGAUGAUGAAGAUGUAGACAACUAUAUUGCCAAAGUUUCUGAUAAUGAUGAAGAAUCAGAGAGCGAGGAAAGUGACAGUGAUGAUGGUGAAUGGAUAACACCUAGCAACUUAAAAGAGAAGAAAAAAGAACUAGAUGAUGGAGUAUUUGAAGAGAAAAAUGUAGAAGUUGCAUGCAUAACAUCAGAUUUUGCAAUGCAGAAUGUUCUCAAACAGAUUGGCUUAAAUGUCACAUCUAUAGACGGGAGGGUCAUAAGACAGCUACGUACAUUCAUUUUUCGAUGCACAACCUGCUUUAAAACCACCAGCAUCAUGACUAAAUUGUUCUGCCCCAAAUGUGGACAUGCAACAUUGAAAAAAGUCUCUGUCAGUGUUGAUGAACAUGGUAAUCAACAUAUCCACAUAAAUGGUAAGAAGCCCUUGACAGCUAGGGGGAAAAGGUUCAGUUUACCCACACCCAGAGGAGGGCAGCACUUCCAAUAUCCCAUAGUAACUGAAGACCAACAUAUUCACAAGAGAUUUGCAACUAGAAUGGCUCGUAGCAAAACAAAUGCAUUGGACCCUGAUUACACGGCUGGUUUCUCACCAUUUGUCAUGAAAGAUGUUAAUUCCAAGUCUGCAGUUCUGGGAGUUAGAGCAAAUAAACAAGAUAUUAAGUACUGGAUGAAACAUUACUCUAAGGGAAAGAAGAAAUGAAAUGUAUUAUAAAAAAAUAAAAUUUUAUUUGCAGUGUAA